AGCGCGCCAUCGACGCGUAAGGCUGCCCGAAAACUGAACACGCGAGCCGGGGGCUGCCACCAUGCGUACUCUUGUUGUGCUGGGCUCCUUGGCCGCCGCACGGGCCUAUAAUGGCUAUGCGGUCGGACCGGACACCUUGUCCUACCAAGCUGCCGUGUCGUACUGCGUCAGCGUCGGUGGGGAGAUUGCAUCGAUCCACAGCGACGCCGACAACGAGGCCGCGCGCGACGCGUGUGGCGACAACGUGUGCUGGAUUGGGCUCCGGGAGAGCGGGGGCGAAGCGGGCACGCAUGCGUUCGAGCAGAUAUGGCGCUGGCCGGACAACUCGACGGCCGGCGCGGACUCGUACCACAACUGGGCGCCGGGCGAGCCCGACUACAGUGAAUACUACGACGAACGGCACGCCGUGAUGAAUGAAGGGCACAACCCGCAAUACAAUCGAUGGAACUGGAGAGUGUCGACGUCGGGCCUCUGGUUUGCCAUCCACUCCGACACGUGGUCUACUUAUGUGCCCCUCUGCGGCGUGAACGCUCCCACGACGGCUCCGACGCUGUCGCCGGCGCCGACUUCGUCGCCAAAACCAACGUCUAGCUUUUCCUGCGACAACGACAAGUGCGGCGUGUCCGGGAACGACGAGUGCUGUCAUAGUUCAUGGGACGAGCCGGUCUGCUCGGGAGGCUACGUGCCGGUCGAGUUUGGGGAUCACGAUUGCCUGUUUACGUGUUGCACGGUUGCCGUCACGCACGAGGAGGUCACGGCGUCGGGUCACCAGUGGGAGGACCACGCGGUUCAUAGCGAUGACUGGGACGACGACUGGGGCGGCGGCAGCGGUGGUGGUUGGGCCUUAUUCAUUUUCCUCUAUCUCUUGGUUUUCUCUGGCGUUCCGGCCAUCAUCACCGCGAUCAUCGCCUGCAUCUGCGUGCGGUGCGGGUGCUGCAAGAGUUGCUUGCCUCCGAAGCUCAAGCAAAAAGACCUGGCCGCCACGCCGCCAACGGUGCCAAGCGGGGUCGAGCUGACCGCGCCUCCCGCGCAAGUCUACAAGGCAUCGAUCGUCGCGAGCGAGGGCGUCUAG